UCCUUGGAGAACCAAACACGUGUCAGCAGAGCGGAGCUGUCCUCGCUCAGCCAUCUCCUGAGCCUCAUGAGACCAUCAACCCUGGGGCAGUACCUGGGCCCUGAGACCAUGCCGCCCGGCCAGGAGCAGCAGCCAAAGGCCAGUGCCCAGCUAGACUACAAGGUCUGCUACCUGUGCCACAGCCUCCUGACGCUGGCUGGGCUGGUGGUCAGCUGCCAGGACAUUACUCCAGACCAAUGGGGAGAGCUGCAGCUGCUGUGCACGCAGUUGGACCGCCACAUCAGCACUCACAUCCGGGAGAGCCCCCAGGACAUGCACCAGACCAAACUCAAGGACCUGGCUGCCCAGACCUACAUCCGCUGGCAGGAGCUGCUGGCCCACUGCCAGCCCCAGACCCGGUACUUCAGCCCCUGGGAAGACAUCUAAUGGAGCGGAGCAGGGGUGGCCCAGUGCUCCUGGCUCUGGCAGCAAGUGAACAUGGCCCAGGUAACUGGAGGCGUGAAGAAUGGAGGCCAGGGGAGGACCAGCCAGCUGAAGCAAGCACCUGCCUCCCCCGCUGCCCUGAGCCCCCUCCAGGCAAGGGUCCUGCCUCUCGCUGCCUGGCUCACCUCUCAGCUCUUCUUCCCUUCCCCACCGUCUCCUCUCCCCAAGACCUUUGUCUCCAAAGCUCUGGUUUCCCUGGGCCUCCUGGGUCCUCCAGCCACCAUCUUCCCCACCCUCCUUCCCCUUUCUGUGUGUCCCUAAUGUGAGGGUUCUUUGUGCACGCUAAAGUCUCAUUUCAGCAUCAUUGGUUACAAGAGUUCCUUCAGUCCCUUACUGAGGGCCCGUGCUCAGCGUCCAGUUUCCUGACUUCUCGCUUACACUUUGCAGAAUUCUCACCCCAGGCAGUCAUGUGCCCCGCCCCACCCCCUGCAGCUGAGGGCUGUUCGUAAACCUUCAGGGAGGGGCAGUUCUGGCUGUGGCCUGAGAGCUGUCAGACACCCAGAGAGCAGGGAUGGGGAACGUUUGUUUGGACCGGUCUGGGACCACUCCCCACGCCCCGCUGCCACUGGGGAAGAUCCACGGAGUGAGAUGGUAGCUCAGGGCUGUAAUUACACUUAAUUCAGUUUAUUGUUGAGCUCUGAAAUCAACUCCCAGACUUAGGAGUUGGGCAUGGGGAGCAGUGCCGAAAGAUAGUUCCCAAUACUUUUUGUUUUCCCUCUGCCUUACCCAAGAUCAGUUUUGUGGGCCCUGAUCCCUAAACGGGUGCUGGACGUCUUUGACCUGCUCCCCUUGAGAAGUGAGUGAGCCUUCGGUACCCCCAGGAGAUCUUUGGGUAUCACUUUCUCUUUCUGUCCACACGUCCAACCCUGAGAAUCCAUUGCUAGUCCCUGACCCCUCCUGCCUCCUUUCUGGGUUGGGAUGGGGUUUUGCAGGGGC